GUGUGAGGAUACCACCUCUCAGUGGCUGCCCUGGACAAUUCCUGGAAAAUAAGUUACCAGGUCCCUUACACAGGAAAGAUGAACUCUUCGAAGGUGUUCAAAAACUCUGGCAUACAUUCUUGGUACUUAACCAGAAGCGGAAACCCAUUGAAAGAGACUUCAUAGUCGAUCAUCCACACUUCCGCCAUCUGACGCAUGGAAUCUGGAAGAUGGCUCCAGUCUUUUCGCCAGGGGCUUUGGUCCGCACACUUGAAGUAUUUGUGCAUUUAAAACUAAAUCAAAAAUCAAAACUAAUUCAAAGUCUUCUGCUACUUUGCCAGGAAAACCUGAGUAGUUUAAAUGAAGAAGAAAUUGUCAUUUUGGCCAAUGCUUUGGAAUAUCUAAGGAGUGACAGAAAUGUGGAUCUGCUAAAAUCUGGUCUACGCUUACUGAUGGCUGUGAAAAUUGAAGUGGUUAAUGAAGUGACGCCACUUCUGACCAUGAUGAAAGUCCUUGGAAGAAAUGCACCGUUAAAAAUUAGAUUAAAGCUUGAGGACAAAGCUUUACAAAUGGUUGACAAAUUUAACAUUGCACAGAGUAAAAACCUAUUUUGUGUCCUUGCUGAUAUCGACUUCUAUUCUGAACAUCUGCUGAAUGCUUGCAGUCAGAAACUCAUUGAUGGCAUAGAUGAACUGUCAUAUACAAACAUUAUUAGUAUCCUGUCUUGCUGCUGUGAAAUGGAAUAUAGCAAUGAAAGGUUAAUGACUAUUGUUGGGGAUCAGAUUUUGAAGACCAUUUGCUUGUGGAAGCCUUGGCAGUUGGCUCUGAUACUUCAGUACUUUACAUACCUACGUUUUCGACAUACUCUGUUGCUGGAUCGAUAUGCUGCGAUUUUUACGAAUAAUUUAAAUUCAGUAAAAUUACGGGAUUUAUUGGAGGCAGUCAAAAUCUACUCCAUGCUGAAUCAUCUUCCAGAAGACAAGACGCAGCAGUUUCUGGAGGCUGUGAACACAUCACUAGAGGCACACCUCGAUAGUAUUCCACCUAGAAAUCUUCUCUUUACUGUGUUCAACUUGUGUAUUCUAGGAGUAUAUCCUGACUUUGCAAUAAACAAGCUCCUGCAGUAUAAAAACAUUCUCACUCACAAAGAACACCCCAUUCUUGCGCACAUUAACGUGUGUUUGAUGAUAGAUGGGUCCUUUUUAAACCGCCAGUCAUUGCUCGGCAUGAAGAAAAUUCCCGCUACAACUUGUGAAGACAUUCGAAAUUUUCACAUUGAGAUGGAAAACUUUAUUAAUGAUCCUGACUUGUACUAUCACAGCGUGAAGAUAGCCAACACCUACUACAUAGAUUUUAUAUUGGCGUUGGAUACCCAAGAGAACAAGUUGGUUCCAGUAGGUGACAUGCAUGCAGACAGCCUACAGAUCACUGACAGCUCAGAAAAUAUUGUUCGUAUUGCUGUAUUGUGCUGUACUCCAAAUGCCUUUGCGAUGGGCACUCUUCAUCCACUGGGGAAGCUUGCACUGAAGAUCAGGAAUCUCAAGUCUUUAGGUUUCUCUGUAGUGCUGGUCCCCAUGCACAGGAUGAUGAGAAUGACUGAAGAGAAGAGAGUGGAAUUCAUGAAGACAAUUAUCUUCGAAGAAUUAUCUGACGAUCCAAAUGCAUUGGAGUGCAGAUGGGCCAAGGAGGAGUUGCAGCAAAGCCCCCAAGACACAUAA